AUGAAGCGAAGAUCCUUCUCUGUCCUUCCCCUUUUUGUAGCAGGUGUCUGUCUUGUAGUCCUUGUCAUAGUUGCUCCUUCAGAAGCCAUCUCGCAUACUAAAUACAAAGUAUCCGGUAAGGAUGUUGUUCCCAGCCGCUACGUUGUAGAGUUCGAUUACGGGGAUUCAAAAUCUGCCAACAGCUUUGUCCACUCAGUCCAAAGCAAGUUCAAAAAGGCCAAGACCCAUAUUGCCGAGCAAUAUGAGCACAAUAUCUUCAACGGUUUUUCUUUUGGUCUGAACGAUCUCGACGAAAUAGAACAUAAUACUGCUCUCAAGACCGUUCUUGAUUACAGUCAUGUCAAGGCAGUCUAUCCUGUUAGAGUAGUCAGGCGUCCCAAAGUUACAGUCGAGAAAGCUUCGUCCAAGGGAAAAGAGGCCUCUAUCUUACCCCACGCAAUGACCCAAGCGGACCAUGUUCAUUCUGAACUCAAGAAAUUUGGCAAGGACAUCAAAGUUGGUGUCAUUGAUUUUGGCGUCGAUUAUUUUCAUCCUGCUCUUGGAGGAGGCUUUGGCAAGGGUUUCAAGGUUCAGUACGGGUAUGAUCUCGUUGGUAGUGCCUACACUGGCGAAAACUCUCCUGCUCCUGACUCUGACCCUCUCGACAACUGUCCAGCUGAUACUGAGUCUGGUGGACAUGGAACCCAUGCCAGUGGAAUCAUUGCCGGUUAUGCUGCCAAACCUGAUGUUCUCACCAAAGCUUACUUGAUGGCAUACGAUGCUGGAAUGGAUGUUAUGUCUGUAUCUAUUGGCGAGGACAACGCUUGGAGCAGUGGUUCUGAUACAAUUGUCGCUCAGCCGAUUGCCGAAAAGGGAAUUCCAUUCAUUGUUUCUGCUGGUAACUCUGACAGCAGUGAUGUAUUUACUGUUGGUAUGCCCAGUACCGCUAAAGAUGUCUGGUCAAUUGCAUCCGUUGAAAACGACAAUAAUAUGAUUAAAACCUUCAAGGCCUGUUCCGCAUCCAAAAAAAUGGAAUACAUGAACUCUUCGACAUCUCAAAUCCCCAAUGGAAUCGUUGUUUCUGGUGAUAAGAAUAUUGGCAGUGAUAAGGAUGCUUGUGAUGCUUCAACUACCCCUGACCUUAAGGUCAAGCUUGCUAUUACUCAGCGCGGUGGCUGUAACUUUGACGAUAAGGCUGCCAACGUUGCCAAAGCUGGUGCAAUUGGUUUGAUUAUUUAUGACAAAUCUGGCAGUGUAUUCACUCCCAUCAAUCCCAAGGCUACCAUUCCAGCUAUUGGUAUCUCGGCUGCUGACGGUCUUACUCUUUUGGACGGCAUCAAGUCUGGUGCCGAGACUUUGAAAUUUGAUCUCGCUCCAACUAUAAUUCCCACAAAAAACGGAGGCCAUAUUUCUGGUUUCUCCAGUAUUGGUGCUUCUUAUGAGCUUGAUCUUAAGCCCAGCCUUGCUCGCGUUGGUGGUGGAAUAUACUCUACUCUUCCCCGUAAUUUUCAAAGCUGGGGUUUUAUGUCCAGUACUUCAAUGGCUGCUCCUUAUGUUUCUGGUUCUGUUGCUCUCUUGAUUGAAGCCAGAGGUCUCAAGAAGAAGAACUUAGUAAUUUCCCAGCAAUUAAAAAACUACGCCCUCAAGCUUACCCACACCAAGGGUAAGAAUGAAAUUGAAAGUCCUCUUCUUCAGGGAGCUGGUUUGGUUCAGGUCUACGAUGCUAUUUCUGGUAAAGUCAAUGUUUCUCCCACCCAGAUUAGUUUCAACGACACUUCCUCAUUUGCCAAGUACAAGACACAAACUUUGACUGUACACAAUACUGGCAAGGCUCGUGUUGUUUUCAAGGUCAUUAACGAGCCUUCAGUCGCCGUUGCUCCUUACAACCACCAAGAUUAUAUUUUCAAGACAUCUGUCACUCUCAGCGCUGGCCAAAAGACUAUUGUUCGUAUCACUGUUGUUCCUCCCAAGACUAACCCCAAGGAUCACAUAAUGUGUGGUGGUUACAUUCAUUUUAAGUCUAGCAACCGCAAGUCUGCUCUUGAUGCUACUGUUCCUUACUUUGGUGUCGUUGGCAAGCAGCGUGAACUUUCUCUUUUUGAUGCCAAAUAUCCAUAUCUCUCUGACACCAAUGGUACAAAAGUUUACUCCAAAAGCCAAACAUAUAUCUAUGACCGCAGUAAUUGCAAGACCAUCCCAAACAUUGUCUACCGCCUUCUGACUCCUACAGCCAAGUUUGAUGUUGACGUCUUGAAUGCCAAGACCAAAAAGUCAAUUAGAAAAACCAUGACUGAUUCUGUUUACCUUGCUCGCAACAGCUUAUUUGAAGAUGGAUAUAGCUCCAAGGUUACCUGGGAUACCACAUAUGUAUUUAACACUUUCUCUGGUAUUCCAGCCAAAAUUCCUGUACCUUCAGGAACUUAUAUCCUCAACCUGAGAGCCCUCAAGCUCCUCGGUAAUCCUAAAGAUCCCAAGGACUGGGAGACUUUUCAGACUGGUCCUGUUGUUGUAAAGAACUAAUUUGUUGAUAUUAGAUGAGAUAUCUCGGUCCAUUUGCGGCUUUAAUUGUAUAAUAAUCAAAUAAUCAAAUGGGUCAACAUCUUUAAACACAAUUUCCUUUAUAUUCAUUUAUCAAUAUAUUUAUCUGGUUAAUUAAAUACUAAAUUAUUAUGUAUCCGAGUCACAUAUGAUGCAAAUAAAAUCUAUAAAAGUCAGUACCAUU